AUGCUUUUAGAAGCCACUCCUCAUGAGGUGAUCAUAAUGUCCACUAAUUUUUCAAGUAAAGUAUUGACCAAUAGUCAUGCUACUAUUCUGAAGGAGAUUGAAAAGAAUCCAUUUAACAUCUUGGACCUUAUGACAACUCACGUGGAGUCAUUCAAAUCAACAACUAGUUCUUUUUCCACACCUUCACUUCAACUCAAUAAGGUUGAGAUUGAAGUUGUUCGAGCCAACAAAAUAGAGGUGCUAAGUCAAAAUAUAUUCAGGUUCGAGGCUAUCAAACUUGAGAAAUCUGCAACUUCCACUUCCCUAAGUGUAAGUAUGCAAGUCUCAAACAACAAAUAUUUCACCUCCAACAACAACUUCAAGUCUCUAAGGUCAAUAAUGAGAAGCUUUCAAAGUCUAGUAACACUCUUAAGGAAGAAUCCUCACGUUUAA